GAUUCUUUAGGAGGCGGACACCGGAGGUGGGAGCGCAACUAAACUUCGGUGCUCCUCAAUGAUUAUUAGAAGUAACUUAGAAAUUGCUCAACAGUCAACAACGAAAGUCACAGGGUGAGUGAGCAGAAUUACACGGGAACGAAAUAAAAGCCAAACCCUUGCAGUUAACUUAAAUGCAAUCGUCACAUCUCAUUUGAAUUUAUCAGCACAAUAUAUCGGUAAAUAUUUCGAAUCAUCUCUCAACUGAUGGUUAACUAACUAUUGAACUCCGCUUCGCUUUCUAGUUCAAUUUACGAGAAUUUAACGCGACUGCAGCUGCAACUUCGCCACUCUUUACUUGUUUAUUUGGAAAAUCAUUUAAGUAAGUAGCCUAUAAAUGCAACGCUGUUUAAUUUAUGAGAAGACAAUGGCACCAGAAACAAGGAACGGAGGAAGUUCUUCCCUGAAUAACAACAACAGUAAAGACAACAGCAGGAAAACCUUCCUGGUCGGUGUGGAUCUCUUCUGCUUGUUUUUAGCCGGCCUGCCUUUCCUGAUCAUAGAAACUAGUGCUGUACAGCCCUACCGCCGAGGCUUUUACUGCAACGAUGAGUCCAUCAAGUACCCGGCCAAACACGGAGACACCAUAAGCGACGCUGUGCUUUCUGCUGCUGGCAUUCUCAUCACCAUCCUUUCUAUCAUCAUUGGUGAGAGCUACAUGAUCUACUACCUGAACGAGGGCUCUAAGUCCUUCAUAGGGAACCCCUACAUCUCCGCCCUCUACAAGCAGGUGGGCGUGUUCAUCUUUGGCUGCGCCGUCAGUCAAUCGUUCACGGACAUCGCCAAGGUAUCGGUGGGCCGCAUGCGACCCCACUUCCUAGACGUGUGUAGGCCCGACUGGUCCGCCAUCAACUGUUCUUUGGGCUACAUCACAGACUACCAGUGUAAUGGACCCGAGAGCAAAGUCCAGGAGGCCAGGAAGUCGUUCUUCUCUGGCCAUGCAUCCUUUUCCAUGUACACCAUGCUGUAUUUGGUGUUCUACCUGCAGUCCAGGUUCACCUGGCGUGGAGCCCGUCUUCUGCGCCCCCUGACACAGUUCACCCUCAUCAUGAUGUCCUUCUACACCGGCCUGUCCCGCGUCUCCGACCACAAGCACCACCCCACCGACGUCCUGGCUGGCUUCGCACAGGGAGCCCUGGUGGCCUACAGCAUAGUGUUUUUCGUAUCUGACCUGUUCAAGCCCAAAGGCAGAAGUUCAGCUCUACCAGUGACCCCAAUAAAGAACCCCAACAACCCCAUGGCAGACAUCAGAGAGAGGAGCAACCACAUCACCAUGGCAUAGUAGAGACCAGUAGAGUACAGCUACCUGUAGAGCUACCUUCCGCUGUAGGUUUUAAACAUCCUUUAUUUCAACCUACUGGUCUGUACUGGAUGUGUUAAACAACCAGCGAAAGCAGCAAGACUGCCGACCGACAUGUCUGCAAGGCACAGAGAAAUAAUGAGCUAUGGAGAACUUACUUUGGAAAGAAGAAGAGAGACACACACACACACACACAUGCACACACAAACAACACACACACGCUGUUUGAACAGCCAGCAACAUCCAUGUUUCUCACCAUCUCAUCUGACAUGUGAAUGUGGAAGAGUUUGGGGAGAGAAUUCAUAUUUUGCUUUAAUUACCCAUGGUCUCUAUAUCAAACCUGGUGCUUUGCAGAUUGACUUUAUCUUUAUCUGCAGACAAGGAAGUUUCACAGACAGAAUCAUGAAGGAAGGAGAGAAGGAAACGAACAGCUGUGGAACGUGAUAAUGUCCGCUUGGCUUUAGGCACCAUGGAGACUGGCUAAUAAUACCAUCACACAUACUUUGUGCAUAUGAGAUACAAACUCAUGAACAGGAACAAAUUCCUUGAUUACAGGAAGGAUGUUUUUUCUUUUAUAAAUAACCUUCGUUAUAAGUUCGAGCUAUAGCACUAUAUCCAAACUCUAUAUUUUACUUAAUUGUCACCACUUGAAUGAACUGAAUUGAAGCUUUUCUGUAAAGUUUUGUUUUAAAACCAGCUUUUAGGUCUCCUGAAAUGUAGUUUGUAUAGAAAUAUAUACACUGUAGAUGGAGACUGCAGAGAGAGGGAUGUGGGCCUCUUUUUGCUGGUUGGGAUGAGCCUCCACUGAGCCCUGUAAUGAAGUGACUAUGUGUGCCAGAUGACUGCUGUGUGUGUGUGUGUGUGUGUGUGUGUGUUUUUCAUAAGUGCUUCAGGUUAAAGACCGGGAACGUAAGGCUGCUUCAACAGACGUUUAUAUUAAAAACAGGAUUAUACUUUCAUAGACUAGCGUUGUGAUCCAUUUUCUAGUGAUUCACAUAAACUGUGCCAACUUCAGAAAAAAGAACCCCUUCCCUGUGUCACUAUAGUAUGCUCUGUCCUACCAUGUCAUUGCAACCAAACAGCAUUAUCUGUUUUAUUUUUGUAAUGUAAAGAACAUUUUUGUAUCAGAGAAUUAUGUACAAUAUCAGUUACCUACGUUUUCAUGCAAUAUCCACUAUGAAUGUUGACGCGUCGAUACAUGUGUUAUUGUGUAAGUGCUGCUAAAUAAGCAGGGAUUGACAAAAGUCAUUCAGUGAAAUGACAAUUUGUGUUGUGAGUAUUCAAACUUCUGUGAAAUAGCUUUCAAGAAGACAGCUUUAUAUUAAAAUACCUUUUCAUAUUUUUGUAUUGUCCUUUUUUUUGUAUAUUGUACAAUGAAAAUAUAAACCAUAUGGUGUAAAUGUAUUAUAGAUGAUGUGCUUUGUAAUAAUAAAAACAAAUGAUUUGAAACGUU